CUUGGGCCCUGGCAGUUGAGGAAGAAGAGUGGGAGGAGGGAGUCAGGACCCAGACCCACAGUGGGUCAGCGUUUGAAGAACCAGGUUGUGGAGAAGACUGGGCUGUGAGCAAUCAGGCUCUUGGGAUGGGACUUGUGGGGAUCUGGCUCGGAGAAGACGCGGCUGUGGGGACCCGGGCUCCGAAGGAGACUUAGGGAACCGGGACGAAUUUGAUUGGCCUUGGUCCUCACAGCUCCAAAAAGAAACAGGAUCUUGAUAAGCUCUAUGAGCUGAAGUCCAAAGCUCGGCAGAUUAUGAACCAGUUUGGCCCCUCAGCACUAAUCAACCUCUCCAAUUUCUCAUCCAUAAAACCGGAACCAGCCAGUACCCCUCCACAAGGCUCCAUGGCUAAUAGCACUACAGUGGUAAAAAUUCCAGGCACUCCUGGGACAGGAGGUCGUCUUAGCCCUGAAAACAAUCAGGUAUUGACCAAGAAGAAAUUACAGGACUUAGUAAGAGAAGUGGAUCCAAAUGAGCAGUUGGAUGAAGAUGUGGAGGAGGCAGAAAACUAUUGUCUCAGCAACAGGAGCCUAUCCUGCCAAUAUCACCAUUACUGUCACUCACUUUGCCUUCUCCAGAUGCUGCUGCAGAUUGCUGAUGAUUUUAUUGAGAGUGUGGUGACAGCAGCCUGCCAGCUUGCCCGGCAUCGUAAGUCCAGCACUCUGGAGGUGAAAGAUGUCCAGCUGCAUCUAGAACGCCAGUGGAACAUGUGGAUCCCAGGAUUUGGUUCUGAAGAAAUACGGCCCUACAAAAAAGCUUGCACCACAGAAGCUCAUAAACAGAGAAUGGCAUUGAUCCGGAAAACAACCAAGAAAUAACACACGGAAAGGUCAGGGAAUGGACAACAAUGUAUUUGGAGAUACUUGAGCUGAGAUUUCAGCCAUCUCAUCCUUGGAAUUUUUUUUUUUAAAUGCUUUACAGAGAAGCAUAUAUUUUUUAUUAACAGUGCAGCAAUAUCUAUAAUGACUGAGAGGAUCUGCCAAAAGAAUAAAGCCUCCUACCCUUACUUCCGGUCCCUUUUCCCUGACAUCUCAAAGAGGAGCAGUGUAUCUUCCAGAGAAGAUUUUAUUUGUGGUUUAUUAUAUAAGUGAUUGAAUAUGGGACAAAGCAUUAUGGUCUUGUUGGGUGAGACAGUAUUAGCAGGAUUUGUAGAGAGUUUUGUUUCCUCCUCCCUUCCCCCUUUCCCUGUACUUUGUAAUGUCAGUGUUUAUAUGAAUAUGAAUUUGAUUUGCUUUUCCAGAAUAAAGAAGUUAUUAAUCGAAA